UGCUCGCUCGCAUAAUCAUAGCCUCCCCUCCCCUCCCCUCCCUCCCUUUCCUCCCUCUCGAGGCGCCUCCCCUCCCCUCCCCUCUCACGCCCACACACGCGACGCGAGCACGGCCGAGCAACCGGCCGAUGCGAGGGCCCACGGCGGCGGCGGCGUUCGGGCCCGGCGAGCCGCCUCCGGCCGCGGAGGAGGUGGUGGAGGAGAACUCCGGCGGGGAGGAGGAGCUCGAGCUGGGGCUCUGCCUCGGGUCCAAGAAGCUGCUGCAGCUGCCGGUGGCGCCGUCGCCGUGCCGUAUCCUGACGGCCAGGGACCUGCACCCGGCGGCCGCGCUGUCCCCGGACUCCUCCGUGUCCUCCUCCUCCCCCGCCGCGGCCAAGCCGGAGGACGGCCCCGCGCCCGCCGCCUCCCCGGGGACGCUCGCCUCCGGCCACCCACAGAGUAGCUUUGGAGUGGUGGGAUGGCCACCAAUAAGAACAUUCAGGAUGAACAGCCUGUUCGGCCAGGCCAAAGACAAUGCCUCGGAGGCCGAAACCAAGAAGGCCGCCGCCGAUGACUCCGGCUCGCAGAAAGACAAGGAGGAGACCGAGAAGAAGGGCCGGGUGCCAGGGUGGGUGAAGGUGAACAUGGAUGGGGAGGUCAUUGGGAGGAAGGUGGACCUCAACGCCCACCGCUCGUACAAGACCCUUGCCUUGGCCCUUGAGAUCAUGUUCACCAAGCCGUCCGCCGGCCUUUGCGCUUCUAAUGCUACGAAGUCCUUGAAGCUGUUAGACAACUCUUCUGAAUACCAGAUGACAUAUGAAGACAGGGAUGGUGACUGGAUGCUUGUUGGAGACGUCCCUUGGGAAAUGUUUGUUGGCUCCGUGAAGAGGCUAAGGAUCAUGAGGACAUCGGACGCCAGCGGUCUCGGGCCACGGUUUCAAGUCAGUCACAGAACCGCAGCCUUGACACGAGGGAGGACAUGAGACGAGGGUGAUGAAGAGCCGCCGACCGACCGAAAGAGCUGUGUACCGUCGCCGGCAAAAGCUUGAAAUACGUCGUGCAUCCGACACCGACGUUCCAUGUCCGAGCAGCCAGCCACUGUCUCUGGCGCAGCCGUUGUGAUUACUUGUGUGUCUAGUUGAGAUGGCAGGAGCUAGGAUGCCCUCUUCCUGCUAUCUAUCUAGUGGUGGUGACUCGGUUCAGAGCUUGUAGUAUCUAUUCUUUUCCCAGGCCCCCUCUCCAGUUCUGUCCACACUUGGUGAAGUGCUGAUCACUGCUAGCAUAUGUGCUCUUUUUUGGGGGGUCAUAUAUAUGUUUUUGUGUGUGGCA